AUGGCGGAGCUCAAAUCGCUUGUUCACCUACGCGGACAGGUGAAGGCGAAAGUGACGCGCAUCCGCAAAGUCGUCGACGAAGCAUACGGAGCUGGAGCAGUGCAGUUGGAUCUGGUCCAACUGAAGCUGUACCAGCGGAAUCUGGAAACCCAGUACAGAGAGUACUGCGAUUUGCACCGACAAAUCGUAACGUUAACGCCCACCGAGAAGCUGGCUGAGCAGGAUGAAACCUACAUCUUUUUCGAAGCCCAGCACAACGAAACCUGUUUGUUGGUCGAGACGCUGAUCCAGUCCAUGACCGACACCCCUGAUAUGAGACUGGCACGGCGAAACCAACAAGAAGAACCACCCCGCAUUAUCGUCCAGCAGCAACCGCUAAAGGCACCCAUCCCCACCUACGAUGGGAAACCAGAGAACUGGCCACGCUUCAAGGCCAUGUUUCUCGACGUGAUGAAGACCUCCACGGAUUCCGAUGCCAUCAAGCUCUACCACCUGGAUCGAGCCUUGAUCGGCGGUGCAGCGGGAAUCAUCGAUGACUGUACCAUGCAGUCCAACAACUACGCCCACGCAUGGAAGCUGCUCGAGGAGCGGUUCGAAGACAAGCGCCUAAUCGUGGAUACCCACAUCACGGGUAUGCUGCAGCUGAAGAAGAUGACCCGACCCAGUGCGAAGGAGCUCCGUGAGCUGAUCGACGAUGUAACCCGGCACAUCGACGGUCUAACCCUGAUGAAGGAGCAGAUGCUCGGAAUGUCUGAGCGCUUCGUCGUGAACCUGGUUGCGACAGCGUUGGACAGCCGAACCCGAAUGGAGUGGGAAGCAACCGUACCCCACAAGCAACUACCAACCUACAAGGACACGAUGGACUUCCUGAAGAAGCGCUGCUCUAUCCUUGAGCGGUGUGAAGAAGCGACUACGAAGCCUACCCCGAAGCCGUAUCCAGCGAAGAGUUCCAGCCAACUGAAGACGUAUGCUGUCACCGAGAAAGCAGAACCGACCUGCCGACUGUGUGGCAAUGGUAGCCACCCGAUCUACAAGUGCGACGCCCUACGCCAGAUGUCCGUUCCAGAACGAGAAGCCAAGUCCACUUCUGCCGUCUAUUCCGCCAAGAAAGUCUAUCCCAUGUGCAACAGCCUCUUGAUGACAGCGAUGGUCCAAGUGUUUGAUGCUGAUGGGAAGCUGCAGCCUUGUCGAGUAUUCCUUGACAGUGGUUCUCAAGCACACAUUGUGUCACGCAAACUAGUUCAAUCUUUGAAACUUCCCCGGCUCGCAACGAAGAUCAAUAUCGUUGGAGCAAACAAUCAAAAGUCGUCCUCGUCUGAAGUGGUGAAGCUUCAGAUCAAAUCACGCUAUUCCAAUCACACUGAGCAGUUGGAGUGUCUUGUCGCCGAUCAAGUCACUGGACAAAUCCCUUCAAUCCCCAUCGACAUCAAAACUUGGAACAUCCCGCCUGGAUUUACCCUUGCCGAUCCCAACUUCCAAAUUCCCGGUGAAAUAGAUCUUCUAAUUGGCAUUCAGCAUUUCUUCAAGCUGAUGAUGCCAGGUCAAAUCAAACUGUCCGACGAUUUACCGAUCCUCCAGGAAACCCGUCUUGGUUGGGUAGUCGCUGGAGCAGUUAACCCAGCUCGCUCGAAGCAGAACCGAUACACAAAUCAAGUCAUCUCGAACAAGCCCACUCCAGCAAAUCAAAUUGCCUCAAACUUCGUUUCCGUCAACUCCGCCAUGCUGUCUAAUCCGCCGGAGCCACCUUCUUCGCUGGCGGGAGAAUGUUCGCGCACAACGCGAACGGUGUGCAGCGUUUCAACCCUGGUGUGUACAGUUGUCAUUCUCUCUCUGCUGUUCAUCCUAUUUGCAUAG